GGAAACGGGAAAUGGUUAAGUUGUUAUGAACCCCAGGAUGAUCAUCUUCUCUCCUCACUUAUUCUCUACCUAUAUUGCAAGAAAAUGGCAACAUUGUCCCGAAGAGCUGUGCGAAAGCAGCUGCUGAACUCAUUGUGCCGUCUGUACUCAACGCAUGUCCCCUCACCUGCGGCACAUCUUAAUUUGCCGAUCAAUUAUGGCACAACUCCCCUCCUUCACCAUUCUCCGUCCACAAUAUCCUCCUCUGUAGAACUACCAAAGAGCGGAGCGACGAAACGAAUAAACCUGUACCAGUCUAUCAAUUCAGCCCUCCGGACUGCUCUUUCAACGUCAGAUCAGGUCCUCUUGUUUGGGGAAGAUGUCGCCUUUGGAGGAGUAUUCCGCUGCUCUGUGGAUCUACAAACCGAGUUUGGGUCGGAAAGGGUAUUCAACACUCCUUUGACAGAGCAAGGAAUUGUAGGGUUUGCAAUUGGCACUGCUGCUGAAGGGAUGAAGCCAGUGGCAGAAAUUCAGUUUGCGGACUAUGUGUAUCCUGCAUUUGACCAACUCGUCAACGAGGCUGCGAAAUUUCGAUACAGAGAGGGAGCGACGGGAAGCCAUGUUGGAGGCCUCGUGGUGCGAAUGCCUUGCGGAGGUGUAGGGCAUGGUGCCUUGUACCACUCUCAAUCUCCAGAAUCACUUUUCACCCACAUCCCAGGACUACGAGUUGUCAUGCCUCGAUCGCCCACUCAAGCGAAGGGACUUUUGUUAUCUUCCAUUCUCGAAUGCAAUGACCCUGUAGUAUUCAUGGAACCCAAGAUCCUCUAUCGUGCGGCAGUGGAACAUGUCCCGACCGAAGCAUACACUCUCCCUCUUGACAAAGCAGACGUAAUCAAGCCGGGGAAAGAUUUGACUGUCAUAUCAUAUGGUCAACCACUUUAUCUCUGCUCGGCAGCAAUUGAGGCGGCUGAAAAAGCUUUCAAAGGCGUCAGCAUCGAACUGAUUGACCUCCGCACCCUCUAUCCUUGGGACAGGUCGACAAUCCUAGAGAGUGUCCGGAAAACUGGAAGGGCAAUUGUUGUCCAUGAAAGUAUGUUGAAUGCUGGUAUUGGUGCAGAAGUGGCCGCCACCAUUCAGGAAGGCGCUUUUUUGAGCCUGGAGGCCCCUGUAAAACGUGUUACUGGCUGGGAUAUCCACCCUGGCUUGAUCUACGAGCGGUUCAAUAUGCCUGACGUUGCGAGAAUCUUCGACGCGAUUAAAACGUCUCUUGAGUACUAAGCUCACGGUUUUCCAAUAACCUUAUGCACCCAAUCGUCUAAGAGUUGCAGAAAUCCCUUCAGUAGAACAUGUUGAAAAGGUGCUUUCUACCUUUUCCGAGCUGCCAUUCAUCGUUUUGAUUCGAUCGGCCAAUCUUCCAGGUUCUUACCUCUGCAAUAUGCAGAGUUUCAACAUUCUCAUUCGUGGUGAUCCUGUCUCUGGGCCUCUUUUUGGUUUCGAGAAUUAGAUUUUAUAUGAUUGUAUCAUUUGUCAAGCAUUUUAUGAAAGAGAUGUGCCACUGCUGUCCUAAACAUAACUACUGUAUACUUUUUAGAAAUUUGCAGCCUAGAUAAACCGAUACGGUUGAUUUACAUAUGUGCUGCUAAUUAACUGGUUAAUUAUAUUUACUGUUGAUAAUGUAACUCUGUUGCUAACAAACUAAAUUCACUUUAUCAGACACUG